GCCGGCGCCCGGGAGGGCGGGAGGAGUGCGCCGCCCGCGCGCCUCCUGGCCGGGCGGAAAGUUUUCCUGACGGAGUUGUGGCGGCGGCAGCGGUGGCCGGAGCGGGCCAUGGACGCGCUCAAGUCGGCGGGGCGGGCGCUGAUCCGGAGCCCCAGCCUGGCCAAGCCGAGCUGGGGGGGCGGCGGCCGGCACCGCAAGCUGCCCGAGAACUGGACAGACACCCGGGAGACGCUGCUUGAGGGCAUGCUCUUCAACCUCAAGUACCUGGGCAUGACACUGGUGGAGCUGCCCAAGGGUGAGGAGCUGUCAGCCGCUGCUGUCAAGAGGAUCGUGGCCACGGCCAAGGCCAGUGGGAAGAAGCUACAGAAGGUAACUCUGAAGGUGUCACCGCGGGGAAUUAUCCUGACAGAUAACCUCACCAACCAGCUUAUUGAGAACGUGUCCAUUUACAGGAUCUCCUACUGCACAGCGGACAAGAUGCAUGACAAGGUAUUUGCCUACAUUGCCCAGAGCCAGCACAGCGAGAAUCUUGAAUGCCAUGCCUUCCUCUGCACCAAGCGGAAAAUGGCUCAAGCUGUCACCCUCACUGUAGCCCAGGCCUUCAAAGUCGCCUUUGAGUUCUGGCAAGUGUCCAAGGAAGAGAAAGAGAAGAGAGAAAAAGCCAUCCAGGAGGGAGCGGACAUCCUGGGGCCCCAUCGGGACAGCAGCCCCUCAUUGAAAAGCUCCGUUGCCACUGGGAACCUGCUGGACUUGGAAGAAACGGCCAAGGCCCCUCUGUCCACAGUUAGCGCCAACACCGCCAACAUGGAUGAGGUACCUCGGCCCCAAGCCUUGAGCAGCAACAACGUUGUCUGGGAUGAUGGCCUGGAUGAAGCAUUCUCAAGGCUGGCGCAGUCUCGGACAAAUCCUCAGGUCCUAGACACGGGGCUGUCAGCACAGGACAUCCAUUAUGCCCAGUGCCUCUCCCCCAUCGACUGGGACAAGCCUGACAGCAGUGGCACUGAGCAGGACGAGCUCUUCAGCUUCUGAGGGCCUGGGACCAGCAGGACAGCACCAGCCUUGACCCGCGAUGGACCAAAGUCACCCACAACAUGGCAGCUGGCCCCAGGACGCAGCAGCCUCUUCCUGCCCAUGGAAGCCGCAGCCAGCCACAGGAGAAGAGAGAUUUUAACCUGCUUUUUUCUCAGAACUGAAAGAUGCUUUGAAUAUUUAUUCAGUGACUUCUGGCUUUCCCUUGGCAGCCAGCUUUGCGUUGGGCAUGUGGAGUGUGGAGUGCUGCGGCCAGCAUCGGGCCCUGCUUCUUCAGCCCAGAGUCUGCUCCCCUCUGUGUGUGGGUGUCAGGACAGUGACCAAAGCAUUUCUUGUCCCUCUUCUUUUGUAAGGACCUGGACUUCCCUGGGGCACCCCCACUCUGUACUAGAGGGCAGUCAGAAUUCCAGCAUGCUCUGGGUACGGGAAGAGCUUCUCUACUCCAACCUCUGCAGAGGCCUGGGCCCUGGCCCUCACCUUCCUCAGAGCCUCAGGCCCAGGCUUGAGCCCUGGACCCAGGACUCUGAAGAGGCAGCCCCUGACCAAAGAGCACCAAGCUCGGCACUUUAAAGCAUACACAGCAUGCGUGGCCCCCAGGGCUCCUCCACGGUGCUGUGUGGAACAGAACUUCCUGCCCUUCCUCCACGGAAGUCUGUGGCUGGUCUCCCAAGCACUGGACCCUGUGUCCCUGCCCCAUCUGUGAUCGGGAGCAUCUCAGCUGCUGAUGGCUCCACCCUUGGAUCUCUUCCCACCUUUCCCACCCAUGGGGGAGGUCACGCCUGCCCUUAUUUUGCCUGUACACCAUGAGAGUCCCAUGCCUGCCUCCCCCUACAGCCUGGGUUUGCGUCGGAAUCUUUCACAGCCAUUUUUCUGCGGAAACAGGCCCCGUGCACAGAGGGGUGGAGUUGAGAGCAGAACCCACAUGUGAUGCCAAAGCCGCUUUCUCCCAGCUUAUGCCUCCUUUUCUUCUAGCUUUGUUCUCCCACGAACCAAAAAACUCCAGCUAUUUUCUGACCAAAAUGUGUCUCAUAGCAAACCAUCUGGUGCCUUUCCUCACAGCACUGGCGCAGACCUCUGCCCAGCUAGCUAUCUUGCUGCCAGUUUCCCGGAAGAUACCAGUGUUGGAAGUCUGCUCCUUCCUUCCUAGGGUGAGACAAAACUCAGACUCUUGUAAGCAUCACGCUGCUCUUUCCCCAUACCGCCCCGAUCCCGGCAGCAAGCUCUUUUAGAAUCGUACUUUCCUUCCUCCCUGCUGCCCCGGUGGGCUCCGACAUCCUGAAACACAGCCAAGCUGUGAGGCUUUGCUUUGUGAGGAGCCCCCAGCAGCCUGGCUUGUCAGAGCCAGCCUGAGCAGCCCGGGGGGAGAAAACACCAGCAUUUCUUAGAAUCCAGACACAUGCCUGCAGGAGGGGAUGUGAAGCGAGUGGGGACUUGGAGUGUCUUUAUCAGCAUAAGGGUGACUUCCUUUCCCUGCCCAGCUUCGCCCCUGCUCCCACCCCAUCCUGGAGCCCUGGGCCUGAGAGGCAGAGCCCCGCUGGGUUGUGCAGUCCUGUGUGGCCUGUCGUCUCUUGUGGAGCUGUCAGUGUGCUUCCGGUGUCGACAGCCAAGUCUUGGUUUCUCCUCCAUGAUGCUGUAAAGGAAGUUCUGAUGGUGAAAACAAACAAUAAAUGUCUCUUUGUGAAAUA